UUAAUGAGGUACCUUACAUAUAAUGUAAUCUAAUAGCUUUGUUCGUCGCUUUUUUGUUCAAAUUUUUAGUCAACGCGCUAGGGCAACAACAGUUAUACUUUCAUUAUCUUUCUCUUGUCUGCAGCUGCCGUCGCCGUCGCCCGUCGCUGCUGCCGCUGGGUUGAGAUCUUCAGUGUUGAAUUGGUGCUCCGACUUUUCCUUUCCUUCUCUUCAACUCCGGCCUAAUAUAGAAGCUGAUGGCCAGCAAAACAGGGUCAACGCCAGCGACAUAUUCACCGUCACCAGCAACGCAUAAGAAGAAGAGAAUCCCCAUUGCUGAUGUUGAUUGGGUUCGCCCCGAUAGUCGUGGCUUCUAUCAGUGUCGUCCUGCUUAUCUGAGGACUGGUGCUGUGAGCCCAGCUGCAGGAUCAGCAUAUGCGGAGUUUGGAAACACCAAGGUCAUCGUAUCUGUGUUUGGGCCAAGGGAAAGUAAGAAAGCAAUGAUGUACAGUGAUACAGGACGCUUAAAUUGUGAUGUUAGUUACACAACUUUUGCAACCCCUAAUCGUGGGCAGGGAUCAGACAAGAAGGAACUUUCCUCAAUGUUGCACAAAGCUUUAGAGGGUGCUAUAAUUCUGGAAUCUUUCCCAAAGACUUGUGUGGAUGUUUUUGCUUUGGUAUUGGAAUCUGGCGGAAGUGAUCUUCCUGUGGUCAUAUCAUGUGCUAGCCUAGCUUUAGCAGAUGCAGGAAUUUUGCUGUAUGACUUGGUUGCCUCAGUUUCUGUGUCUUGUGUUGGAAAGAACCUUGUCAUCGAUCCCGUUUCUGAGGAAGAAAGCUAUAAUGAUGGUAGCUUAAUGAUUACUUGUAUGCCUUCACGUAAUCAGGUCACUCAACUGAUUGUAGAUGGAGAAUGGUCAACACCAAAGAUUCACGAUGCAAUGGAGCUAUGCCUUGGUGCUUGCUCCAAACUUGGAGAGGUUAUGAGAUCAUGUUUAAAAGAUGUUGUCACUGAUUUAAAAGAAUAGUGCAUUCUACUUAGUGCCUUCACGUAACAAAGUCUAUGAAGUCUUUUGGCGUCAAAACAUCCUUGUAGAAAAAGAGUUGGCAUGAUCUACCCGUCACUAGCUGCGUCACUAGCUGCGACGGUCUAUCCAAUGAAAACUGCUUGUAGUUUUUGUAUGCUGGUUUGUGAGGCUUGAAAGUUGAGGUAGUGGUUGGUCUUUUCUGUGAAACUUCCUGUCGAUGAGAAGUUUUAUUUGCGACAUGAAACAUGCUACUGAAAUUAAAACCUAUCUGUGAAUCAAACAAGAAGCCAUACAUGUAAAUUCCAGUUAUUGUGAAGCUGCUUAUUUUUUCCACCUUGCUGUAAUCACCAAUAAUGUUUUGCUAACAACUUUCAAUUCUUUAUCUGAAUAAUAGAUGUUGGAAUACACGGGGUAUGUUGUUGAAUAGAUGUUGAAUUCCUUUGGCUUCA